GUUCUGGGAUCCACAUGCAGAACAUGCAGGUUUGCUACAUAGAUAUACAUGUGCCAUUUGAGACUACAUAAAAUGACCAAACUUACAAAUUAUUGGUAUUCCUGAGGGAGAUGAGAGAUUAAAAGGCUUAGAAAGCCUAUUUAACAAAAUAAGAAAUGAAACUUUUCCAAGUAUAGCAAGAUUUAGACAUCCAGACACAGGAGACUCAGUGAUCCCAAGGAAAACACAAUGCAAAAAGGAGUUUGCCACAGCAUAUUAUAAUCAGAUUGUCUAAGGUAAAAAGAAUUCUAAAAUCAGCAAGACAGCCUUUAACCACAGCCACCACUGGAGAGCAGCAGCAAUGGCUCUGUGCUACACUAUGGUUGUGGGCCUCAACAAAGGCCACAAGGUGACCAAGAAUGUGAGCAAGCCCAGACACAGUCGUAGCCUCGGGCGCCUGACCAAACAUACCAAGUGUGUGCGGGGCAUGACCCGAGAGGUGUGUGGCUUCACCCCAUACGAGCGGCGAACCAAGGAGUUACUGAAGGUCUCCAAGGACAAACAGGCCCUCAAGUUCAUCAAGAAAAGGGUGGGGACACACAUCCUCACCAAGAGGAAACGAGAGGAGCUGAGCAAUGUCCUGGCCACCAUGAGGAAAAUUACUGCUAAGAAAGACUGAGCCCCCUGCCCUGCCCUCUUCCUGAGAUAAAGAACAGCUUGACAGAAAAAAAUAAAAUAAAAUCAUCAAGAGAAAAGCACCCUGUCACCUACAUAAGGAAACUCCAUGAGACUAACAUGAGACUUCUCACCAGAACCCUUAACAGCCAGAAGAGAAGGGAAUGACAUAUUAAAAGUGCUGAAAUAAAAAAAAAUCACCUACAUAAGGAAACUCCAUGAGACUAACAUGAGACUUCUUACCAGAAACAUUAAAAGCCAGAUGAGAAGGGAAUGACGUAUUAAAAGUGCUGAUAUUUAAAAAAAAAAAAAAAAAACAAGACUGCCAGCCAAGAACUCAAUAUCCAGCAAUAAGCUUCAUAAAUAAGAAGAAAUGAAGUCUCUCCCAAACAUGCAAAUACUGAGGAAUUCAUCGCCACUAAACUGGCCCUACAAGAAAUGCUCAAAGAAGUCCUAAACUUGGAAGUAAAAGUGAUAUCCAUCAUCAUGAAAACACACAAAAGUAUAAAACUCACUGGUAAAGCAAUCACACAAAGGAGGAAGAAAAAGAAAUCAAAUGGCACCACUACAGAAUUCCACCAAACCACAAAGACAAACAUUCCAAGAAAAAAACAGAGAAUUUAUAAAACUGGAAAAUGAUUAACAAUAUGACAAGAACAAACCCUCACAUAUCAAUAUAAACCUUGAAAAUAAAUGAAUUAAAUGCCCCAUUUAAAAGAUACAGAUUGGCAAAAUAGAUUUUAAAAAUAUAAUCCAACUAUAUGAUGCUUAUGAGAAACUCACAUUACUUGUAAAGACACAUAUAGACCAAAAGUAAAGGAGUAGAAAGACAGUCCACACAAACAAAAUCCAAAAGUGAGCAGCACUAGCUGUACUUGCAUCAAUUAAAUCAGAUAUUAAAUAAAAGACGGUUAAAAAAAGACAAAGAACGUCAUUCUAUAAUAAAGGGAUCAAUUUGGCAAGAG